CAGCACAGCUGGAGAAACGAGGUGAAAGUUCAUAUUUCAUUAGUCAUUUUUGGAGUCAUACAGAUUGUACACAGAAGUAAUAAGAUGAGUUUGUAAUGUUUUAUCGUCGAUCGUCUCCAUCUAAAAGGUGUGUUUGCUGUAUAUUGAAUGACCUGCCAACGAUUGAUAAAGUGAUGGAUCUUCACAGAAGUUUGACUAAUGAACCCAGGCCAAAAGAUGUAAGGAAUGAUGAUCAGCAACCAGAUGCAAAAGGGCAACUCCAAACAUCUGACCAAACUAAAGACCCUAAACAAUCAGAGAACACACCCGAUGGUCUGGUGUGUCAGAAUUCAGCGGACUGUGGGCCUGGAGGUCAAGUGGAUGAAUCAGUUUCUGCAGACAGCAUAAGUAACCAACCUCAAAGCUCUAAUGGACAGAAAUCAAGGCGACCCAGUUCACCUGAUCCUCACACAGUUCAAACAGCCUGUGUUGCCACAUGCCCCACAAAUCCAAAACUCACCCUUUGUCUUAGUAACAGUCCCAGUAAAGUUUCCACCACACCCAGUGACAUGGAGAUGGUUAGUCCUGACAAUCCAGCAUUUAAAACCAUAAUCAGCGAUUCAUCAGAUUUUUGUGAUGAAGGGGGUGUCUGUGCAGAAGACUGUGGAUUUGCAAAGGAUCCAGGUAUAAAAUCUCAGCAGGUUGUCAAAGAUUGCGACUCUGGAAGUUUGACUAAGGAAAAAGUCUGUCCUGUCGCCAGAAGCACUGAAGAAGAAGAUGCAGAGAUGGGGGAGUGCAGUGGCUCAUCUAAUAUGAGUCAGGACUUAAUUGAGAGCCAGUUGGCACAAAGUGUUCCAUUGGCAUCAUGUAACUUGCUCAAAGAAUGGCUGGGAACCCCCAUAGAUGUGAUGAACAGAAAACCUCAAUGUGCUCCCCCUCUGUCUCACCUGAAAGCAACUCCAAGUCAUACUGUCACAGUUAGGACAGAUCUCCUCAGAGAGGGAGAGCUCCCCAUCCCAUACCCCUCCAAGUUCAGAGAUAUGUGGGAUGAUGUGUCAGUUAAGAUGCCCUGCUCUGAAAAGAAUCUCUUUCCUCUGGAGACUGAGGAUGGAAGUGCUCUCCAAAGUCGGUGGGAGCUGAUCCGUACUGCCUUACAGGGAGGAUUCAAAAGUUGUCUUGAUGUCAGGGAUGCAAUAUUGAGGUAUAACACGGUCCAUGCGAAGAAAUGGGACUUCACUGCCUUGAACCUUUUUUGCACAGAGUAUCUUGAGCUUAGUGAAGUGCAACAGCUGUUUGAGGUCUUACUACCUGCUAUGGUCCAGCUGGCACUUAACGCUCCCCGCCUCUGCACAACGCCAAUUCCUCUACUCAAGUCAGGUAUGAACCAUUCCCUGACUUUGUCUCAGGAGCAGAUAGCCUGUCUUUUGGCCAACGCCUUCUUCUGCACAUUCCCUCGACGUAACUCCCGCCGGUCGGAGUACUGCAACUAUCCUGAGAUCAACUUCUACAGGUUGUUUGAAGGCUCCUCGCCAAAAAAAAUUGAGAAGUUGAAAACUCUACUGUGUUACUUCAGGAGAGUCACUGAAACAAAACCAAAGGGCCUUGUUACAUUCGCAAGACAAACAGUUACCAGUCCACCAGACUGGGAAAGUUCUCAGACUCAGCUGACAUGUCUACAUAUCACUUGUAAGGGCACAAUUGAGGAUGAUGGAUACGGGAUGCUUCAGGUUGACUUUGCCAACAGGUUUGUAGGAGGUGGAGUGACAGGACAUGGACUGGUCCAGGAGGAAAUCCGGUUCCUCAUCAACCCUGAACUCAUUGUUUCUCGCCUCUUUACUGAAGCUCUGGAAGAUAAUGAAUGCCUCAUUAUCACAGGAAGUGAACAAUACAGUAAAUAUUCAGGUUAUGCUGAAAGUUACAGGUGGCAGAACAGCUAUAAAGAUGAGACGCCCAGGGACGACUGGCAGAGAAGGUGCACAGAGAUUGUGGCCAUUGAUGCUUUUAAAUACAGACACUUCCUGGAACAGUUUCUUCCUGAGAAGAUAACCAGAGAACUGAACAAGGCGUAUUGUGGAUUUUAUCAAAGUAACUCCAAUGUCAAGCACCUCUCUGCUGUAGCCACCGGGAACUGGGGCUGUGGAGCCUUUGGUGGAGACACACGCCUGAAAGCUCUGAUUCAGCUGAUGGCAGCUGCCGAGGCUGGGAGAGAUGUCGCUUACUUCACAUUUGGAGAUGCUCAGCUUAUGAGAGACGUUCAUGAAAUGCACAAUUUCCUCACCGAAAGACGAGUUACAGUUGGGAAGCUGUACAGCCUCUUCAACCACUACUUCAACGAAGAAUGCAAGAACUGCUGCGCAACGCGCCCUCACGUCAGUCUCUACGGUUUCAUCUUUGAAAGCAUCUCUGCCCCGGCAGCGUCCGACCCUGAACAGGAUUCUGGGAUGUCACAUGUGACAUCAGAACUUCAAUAACAGGCCAAGAACUGUAACCUAAACUUUGUUCCACUUUCUGUGUCUGCAAGACAAAAUAGAGCUUCACAAGUGUCAAAGUCCUGUGCUUAAUGUCACACACGCACAGACUCCCUUUAGGUUUGUGGUCCUGACACACAAACUACCAAAACAGGGUUUUGCCUUUCCGCUGGUGGCAUCAUCGGAGCCUCGUAUUGCGACACCACAUCUGGUGAAAGGUUUAUGAAACUUAUAACAAUAGUAAAUCCUUGUUGCUCUUUGAGGCCUUUUUUUCUUAAGUGCGGUCUAAUUUUUUUCUUUAACACCAGUUACAAAUACGGCCAAAUAUCCAUCAUAUGCAUGACUGUGGUAAAGUGUCACUGUUGAAAAUCAAAACCAUGGUAGUUUCCUCAGCGUUCUUGUAUUUCAUUGUUUUUGCUACUUGUUUUUGUCUCUUUUUUUCCUGAAUGCAGAGAGAAUGAGAAGUCGUACUGUAGUAUGUGCAUGGUAAACAUUUAUUCAUCACAUAUUCUCCAAAUGUUUGCUGCUCUUUUAUAUACUCUGUGAUGGUCAGGCUCUACAUCUUGUCUUUGAGGCAUAUUUCAAAGCAUCACAACAAUAAUCACUCCUGCUAGAAUCAUCUCGGAUGGAAUAUUCAGGAAAUUUAUGGUCACUGUCAUCGUUGACCUUAUUUACUGAACUGUAGUUAUGAAAUAUAAUCAGUGCUAAGCACAGUAUUAUCACUGUAUUUACUUACAGAUGGUGAACAGAUAAAGAAAUGCACGAAAAUCAUUUUUAUCAAAGAUUUUAUGCAAUGCUUGGUUUGAUGUGGGUAUGGUAUUAUUUUCUGUAUUUUUUUACAAUUAGUUUGACUGGAUGAUUGGCUAAAGUUAGGGAUGUAAAUGUGUUGAGUAUUGUAUUUGAGGUUUUUAGGCUGUAAACUGUUUAUCAUAAUUUCUUAAUUAAAACAUCCCAAAACAGGA